UAAAUAUAGCCUCACAGCUAUGCCACCAUAGCGUAUUGGACCACAUCACAGUGCGGCUCCUCAGCUAAAAAUUCCGGCCUGACCUUCAGUCCUGGAAGGCAGCGCUUGGUCACAAGGCGAGAGGAAGCCGAAGCCGAGGCAGCUCACACACGGACGCGCAGAGAGAGGGGGGGGGGGCGUCAGAGAGUCCGCUCUCUCGCACCAAACACUACUCCCACUCCCUCCAAACACACCCGCUGUUGGCUCUGCGCGCCAUGGAAACUGCCCGGCCGGACGGAGCCAGCUGACGAGCGGGACGCGGAGAAUGGUGGAUUCCACUAGCGAGCGCUCGUCUUGACUGGAGGCGACCCUGGAUGCCACACCCGCCCCCCCGCCCCGCCAUGGACAGGACGGCUGUGUGCUGGAGUAAGGCCAGCGUCAUCAGCUUCAUUAAGGGCCUGGCCUCCCCCGUGGGGAACGGAUACAGUAAACCCCCCAUCCCUCCGGUCUGCUGUCCUCAGGGAGAGAAGGGUCUCCCGGCCAUGAUGCCCAUCAGCAUUGACCCAGAGAGCAGGCCGGGCGAGUAUGUGCUCAAGAGCCUGUUCGCCAACUUCACCACCACGUCCGAGCGCAAGAUCCGAGUCAUCAUGGCCGAGCCGCUGGAAAAGCCAUUAGCGAAGUCACUGCAGAGAGGAGAGGAUCCUCAGUUUGACCAACUGAUAAGCGCCAUGAGCUCGUUGGCCGAGUACUGCCUCCCCUCCAUCCUGCGCACGCUCUUCGACUGGUACAAAAGGCAGAACGGACUCGAGGAGGAGCUGCACGAAUACCGGCCGCGCGCCAACGCCAAGUCCAAAAACGACGAGCAGCAGAGAGAUUAUCUGCUGGAGAGGAGGGAUCUGGCCAUUGACUUCAUCUUCUCUCUUGUACUUAUAGAGGUUUUGAAACAGAUGCUGCUUCAUCCAGUCCUAGACACGUUGGUCAAUGAAGUAAUAAACGUAGCCUUUAAGCACUUUAGAUACAAAGAGGGGUAUCAUGGUCCAAACACUGGCAACAUGCACACCGUGGCAGACCUCUAUGCAGAAGUCAUAGGAGUAUUAGCUCAGUCGAAGUUUCCUGCUGUGAAGAAGAAGUUUAUGACGGAGUUGAAGGAGCUGCGGCACAAAGAGCAGAGUCCGUACGUGGUCCAGAGUACGAUUAGCCUCAUCAUGGGGGUCAAGUUCUUCAGAAUAAAGAUGUACCCUGUAGAGGACUUUGAAGCCUCCUUUCAGUUCAUGCAGGAAUGUGCCCAGUAUUUCCUAGAAGCCAAGGACAAGGACAUUAAACAUGCUCUGGCUGGUCUCUUUGUUGAGAUCCUGGUUCCGGUGGCAGCAGCCGUGAAGAACGAGGUGAACGUGCCCUGCCUCAGGAACUUUGUGGACAGCCUGUACGACACGACCCUGGACUGGUCCACCAGGAAGAAGCACUCGCUGGCGUUUUACCCUCUGGUGACGUGUCUGCUGUGCGUCAGCCAGAAGCUGGUCUUCCUCAACCGAUGGCACGUCUUCCUCAACAACUGCCUCUCAAACCUGAAGAGCAGAGACCCUAAAAUGGCUCGUGUUGCACUGGAGUCCCUGUAUCGACUGUUGUGGGUCUACAUGAUCAGAAUCAAGUGUGAGAGCAACACUGCAACUCAGGGUCGCCUCAACACCGUUGUAACAACACUUUUCCCAAAGGGAUCUCGCAGCGUCGUACCAAGAGACAUGCCUUUAAAUAUCUUUGUCAAAAUUAUUCAGUUUAUAGCACAGGAAAGACUUGAUUUUGCCAUGAGGGAAAUUAUCUUUGACCUCCUUUGUGUUGGAAAACCCUUAAAGGCCUUCAGUCUCAAUCCAGAGAGAAUGAAUAUCGGUUUGCGAGCGUUCCUGGUCAUCGCGGACAAGCUGCAGCAGAAGGAUGGCGAGCCUCCCAUGCCCAACACUGGCUGCACUUUGCCCUCUGGGAACACACUGCGAGUGAAGAAGACGUACCUGAGCAAAACGCUGACAGAUGAGGAGGCCAAAGUCAUUGGGAUGUCACAGUACUAUUUCCAUGUGCGUAAGGCUAUUGACAACAUCCUCAGACACUUGGAUAAGGAAGUUGGACGCUGCAUGAUGAUGACUAAUGCUCAGAUGUUGAACAAGGAGCCUGAGGACAUGAUCACAGGUGAAAGGAAGCACAAGAUCGACUUGUUCAGGACGUGCGUCGCCGCCAUUCCUCGCAUCCUGCCGGAUGGGAUGUCCAGGACGGAGCUCGUCGACCUGCUGUCUCGACUCACUCUCCACAUGGACGACGAGCUUCGCCUCAUAGCCCAGAAUUCCCUGCAGAGUCUGCUGGUGGACUUCUCCGACUGGCGUGACGACGUCCUGUUCGGACUCACCAACUUCCUGCUGCGUGAGGUCCCGGACACUCACCAGGGAUUGUUAGACACGUCCCUCAAACUGCUGCUGCAGCUGCUCACGCAGUGGAAGCUGACGCAGACGUCCCCGGCGAAGAGCUGCGACGCCGCUAAAGUCCACACCGGCGAGCUGCUGCAGAACAGCUCCAGCCCCAGACCCCCUGCGGAGCGAGGGCCUCACUCCGCGGUGCUGCACGCCGUGGAGGGGCUGACGCUCGUGCUGCUCUGCUCCUGUCAGAUGAGCACACGCAGGCUCGCUGUCGCUAUACUCAAAGAGAUACGAAGUCUCUUCUCCAUCAUCGGACAGUCGGAGGAUGAUGACAAACCCAUGAUAGAUGUCAUGGACCAGCUCAGUCCCGUCAUCCUGGAAAGCAUCGCCAACGUCGCCGUCUCUGAUACAGCCGCGCUGCCGGCUGCCCACCACGUGGACCUCCAGUGGCUGGUGGAGUGGAACGGGCUGCUGGUCAACAGUCACUACGACAUCCGGAGCCCCUCCCACGUGUGGCUCCUGGCCCAGUCCGUGAAGGACCCGUGGGUGCUGUGCGUGUACAGCCUGCUGCGCCAGGACCACCUGCCCAAGCACUGCCCCGCGGCGCUCGGCUACGCCUGGCCCUACGCCUUCACGCGGAUGCAGACGCUCCUGCCCCUGGUAGACCCCGCUAAUCCAGUAUAUGCAAAGAAGACCAGCGCCGCGGGCGCCGGGGACACCUACGUCACCCUGUGGAGGAACUACCUGAUCCUUUGCUUCGGCGUGGCCAAGCCCAGCAUCAUGAGCGCCGGCCACCUGAGAGCGUCGACACCCGAGAUCACGGGCGCCACGCCUGACGGCGGCGGCGGCGGCUGCGAUAACAAGGUUAUCGGGAGCCCAUCUGUGGCUUGGCUUCUGAAGCAGCUGGUGCCGCUGAUGAGGACAGAGAGCAUCGAGUUGACAGAGUCAUUAGUUCUGGGCUUUGGUCGCACCAAUACGCUCGUGUUCAGGGAACUUGUGGAGGAGCUCCACCCCCUAAUGAAGGAGGCGCUGGAGCGGAGACCUGAGAACAAAAAGCGACGCGAGCGGCGAGACCUCCUGCGGCUGCAGCUGCUGCGGAUUUUUGAGCUGCUGGCGGAUGCCGGCGUCAUCAGCGACAGCACGAGCGGAGCGCUGGAGCGCGACACCCUCGCCAUGGGUGCCCUGUUCCUGGAGUACGUGGACCUCACCCGGAUGCUGCUGGAAGCAGAGAAUGACAAGGAUGCUGAAGUCCUGAAGGACAUCAGAGCUCACUUCAGCGCCAUGGUGGCCAACCUCAUCCAAUGUGUACCAGUGCACCACAGACGCUUCCUGUUUCCACAGCAAAGCCUGCGGCAUCACCUCUUCAUCCUCUUCAGUCAGUGGGCCGGGCCGUUCAGCAUCAUGUUCACCCCUCUGGACCGCUACAGUAACCGGAACCACCAGAUUACCAGAUAUCAAUACUGUGCACUGAAGGCCAUGUCUGCUGUUCUGUGCUGUGGGCCCGUCUUUGAUAACGUCGGCCUCUCUCCAGACGGCUACCUCUACAAGUGGCUGGAUAACAUACUGGCCUGUCAGGAUCAGCGGGUCCAUCAGCUUGGCUGUGAAGUCGUCAUCCUUCUCCUGGAGCUCAAUGCCGACCAGGCCAAUCUCUUCAACUGGGCUGUGGAUCGCUGCUACACUGGAACCUGCCAACUCGCCUCAGGCUGCUUUAAAGCCAUCGCUACAGUGUGUGGGAGCAGCAGAAACUACCCAAGUGAUUUAGUGACUCUGCUGAACCUGGUGCUGUUCAAGGCAUCAGACACCAACAGAGAAAUCUACGAGAUUUCAAUGCAGCUAAUGCAGAUUCUUGAAGCCCGGUUGCUCGUUUACUCCAAGAAGAUCGCAGAGCAGAAGCCGAACUGGAUCCUGUACGGCACCCACGGUCCGCUGCCGCCUCUGUACAGCGUCUCCCUGCCCCAGCUCUCGGCCCAGCUGUCCAGGAUGUACCCUGAGCUCACGCUUCCCCUGUUCUCAGAGGUUAGCCAGAGGUUCCCCACCACUCAUCCCAAUGGGAGGCAGAUCAUGCUAACCUACCUCCUGCCCUGGCUCGCUAACAUCGAGCUGGUGGACAGUGGCCUGCUGCUCCCGGCCUUCGCGCCGUGCGCCUCAGACUUCCGCGCUUGUGGUCGUACGACCGGCACCGAGUCGUCGCACCAGCUGAAGGGUUCAGGCUGGGGCUCUUUACAAGCCACGUCUAUGGUUCUCAACAACCUCAUGUACAUGACGGCAAAGUAUGGAGACAACCUACCUGGUCCAGAGAUGGAAAAUGCGUGGAACGCUUUAGUCGACAGCGACAAGUGGAGCAACAAUCUGAGGACCGCGCUGCAGUUUCUCAUCAGCUUGUGUGGUGUGAGCAGCGACACCGCCCUCCUGCCAUAUAUCAAGAAGGUGGUGAACUUCCUGUGCCGCAACAACACCACGCAAACCAUGGAGGAGCUGGUGUUCGAGUUGCAACAAACCGAUCCGGUCAACCCUGUGGUGCAACACUGUGACAGCCCUCCCUUCUAUCGCUUCACUGCCACCAGCAAGGCGUCCACAGCCGCUUCAGGCACCACGUCCAGCAGCAACACUGUGGUUGCAGGCCGGGAGGGUUUUCCAGACACAGACGACACCAAGGCUGUGAAGGAGAAUGAGGAGAAGAUUAGCCACAUAAUGCGUGCACACAACCGGCUGGAGUCGCGCUACAGUAACAGCUCAGGAGGAUCCUACGAUGACGAUAAGAGUGAACCUUUGCCUCCCUACGCUGACUGGCUGAUCGUUGUCACGGAGACCAACCAGCCCCAUCCUCUGCCAAUGCCUCGAAAUGGAGGGUGCUGGGCUCCGCUGGUGGACUUUUUGCCAGAGACCACCACUCCCAGAGGACCGCUGCACAGGUGUAAUAUCGCUGUGGUCUUCGUGACUGAGAUGGUGGUGGACCACAGUGUGAGGGACGACUGGGCCAUGCACCUCCCUUUGCUGCUUCAUGCCCUGUUUUUGGGCAUGGAUCACUACCGUUCUGAGGUCUUCGAGCACAGCAAGCGCCUCCUUCUCCACCUCCUCAUCAAGUUGUCCUGUAACAGCAACUUCCAGGCCAUCGCCUCAGUUUUGCUGCAGACACAUGAGAUCAACGGCACCAAGACCCUCACCUGCAAACCAGCCCUUCAGUCAGAGUAUUUACCCUCUGGAGGUUUUGACUUCCUGCGGGAAUGCCAGGCUUCUCCCGUUCCAGACUCUGGUCUCAGCUCUUCCUCCACAUCGUCCAGUUUGAGCCUGGGGGGAAGCAGCAGCAACCUGCCUGACAUCCCACAGGAUGUGGAGGAGCUGGCUGCCUCCUCUAAACUGGAUGAGAAGACAUACAAACUCAUUGAGUUUCUAGCCACGAGGACAUCUGGACCAUUAUGGUGCCACGAAGACAUUUCACCUAAGAACCAAAUUUCCAAAAGCACCGGGCAGCUCACAAACUUCUUGCGCCAUGUGGUGUCUGUGUUCAAAGAGUCCAAGUCCGUUUUCCACCUGGAGCAGCAGCUCAGCGACGUGGCGCUGCAGACGGCGCUGUGCAGCUCGUCGCGUCACUACGCCGGCCGCUCCUUGCAGGUGUUUCGAGCCCUCCAUCAGCCCAUCUCCGCCCACGGCGUCUCCGACCUGCUGUCACGCCUGGUGGAAGUGGUUGGUGAACACGGAGAAGAGGUGCAGGGUUACGUGCUGGAGGUGUUACUCACACUGGAGUCUGUGGUGGAUAACUUGGCCGAAUGUCUCAAGAACAAUGACCUCAUGGCUAUUUUGACCAGAGCCUCGUCUCCGGAUUUCGUGAGCAGCUUAAAGCUACUGUCCAACAGGAAGAGCACAGGUCAGCUCAACAUGCGGCGCGAAGAGGGGAACAGGCACCAGAGAAGCUCCUCUGUCCCCAAGAAGUUCGGGCAGGCGGACCGGUGGUCCGACCCGCCUCGCAGCGCCACGCUGGACCGCAUCCAGGCCUGUGAGCAGCACGCGUUAUCAGCCAACGCCCGCAGCUCGCCCUCGUCCAAGGACAACGCCACGGACCCGGCGAACAUCCACCACCCCAGCAACCUGCUGGCCACCAUCUUCUGGGUGGCGGUGUCCCUGAUGGAGUCGGACUUUGAGUUCGAGUAUCAGAUGGCGCUGAGGCUGCUGAACAAGCUGCUCGGCCACAUGUCGCUGGACAAACAGGAGAACAGGGAGAAGCUGGAGAACCUGCAGAACCAGCUGCAGUGGCGCACGUUCAGCGGGCUGCAGCAGCUGCUGCUGAAGGGCUUCACCUCGGGGCCCACCACCGACCUCACGCUCCAGCUCUUCUGCCAGCUCACGCCCGUGUCCCGGGUGCCUGUGGUGGACACGUCACAAGCCAUAGGCUUUCCUCUGAAUGUUCUCUGCCUGCUGCCGCACCUCGUGCAGAACUUCGAUGGACCCACACAGUUCUGCCAAGAGGUCGCUGAGAGGAUAGCGCAGGUUUGCCUCGAGGAGCGGAACGCCAAGCUCUCCAACCUUGCUCACGUCAUGACCCUGUAUAAGACGCACACCUACACACGGGACUGCUUUUCUUGGGUCGAUGUUGUGUGUCGAUAUCUCCACGAAGCGUUCUCAGACAUCACCCUCAACCUCGUCACCUACAUGGCAGAGCUGUUGGAGAAAGGUCUUCCCAGUAUGCAGCAGACCAUUUUACAAAUCAUCUACAGUCUCCUGAGUCACAUGGACCUGAGUGCAAUUCAAGCCAAACCCUUCAACAUGGAGGUGCUCAAGACUAUAGAGAAAUUUGUCCAGACCGUCCACUGGAGGGAAGCGCUAAAUAUCCUAAAGCUGGUGGUUUCUCGAUCGGCCAGUUUGGUGCAGCCUUCGUCCCUGCAGAGCGACCUCUCGUAUGAAGACACGAGCCGCAUCUGGGAGCGCUCCUCCAAGGCCCUGCCUGGGAAAACUCUGGACUUCCACUUUGACAUAUCUGAGACGCCGGUGAUCGGCCGGCGGUUCGAGGACCUACGGCGCUCUCCGGGCCAAGAUGUGAAGAGCAGGACCACGGGCGUCAGCCACAGCACUUCCUCUACCUCCUCUGGAUCCACGUCCACCAACGUCCUGGUGCCCGUCAGCUGGAAGAGGCCCCAGUCUUCGCAGAAAAGGACACGGGAGAAGCUGGUGAAUGUCCUGUCUUUGUGCGGACAAGAAGUGGGGCUCACAAAGAAUCCUUCGGUGAUUUUCUCAAGCUGCGGCGACUUGGACCUCAUGGAGCAUCAGCCCAGCCUGGUUUCCUCAGAUGAUGGGACUCGGGAAGCAGAAAACACGGACGACACCACCUCGGAGCAGCAGUUCAGAGUCUUUAGAGACUUUGACUUCCUGGAUGUAGAACUGGAGGAUGGAGAGGGGGAGACGAUGGACAGCUUCAACUGGGGCGUGCGCAGACGCUCCAUGGACAGCCUGGACCGGAGCGACCUGCAGCCCCUGGAGGAGAGUCAGCUGUCCAGCAGCAUGCCCAGCCUCAGCAAGAUCGCUCACGAAGACUCCGAUGAAUCAUCAGAGGAGGACUCCCUCACUGUCAGCCAGAUCCUCUCCCACUCACAGCUUCUCCUCAACCUGUCUCCAACUGCUGAGAUCAGUCACACGGACUCCUCCUCCGCCUUUUUCGAUUCAACUUCAGCCGAUUCCACUCCUCUGAACACCAAAAAUCCUAGUUUCGAUGUCCAACUGCCAGAGGACUCGAAGCAGCGGCCUGAGGCGUCACAAGAGGAGGAAGACGCCGCUGUGCAUGAGGACGACGUCUCUCUCUCCAUCGUUGAACUUCCCUCUGAAUUUCACUGCGAUGAUAGUUUGGCAGUAGGUGACAGUAAAGGAGACCUGGACCUCGACGGCUGCUCACCCAGUCUGGUGGAGGAGGAGAGAGACGACAUGUUGGAGCUACGCUCGUCCCCGCCACCGUCGCCCUUCUUCUCCGCCAUCCUCGCAGCGUUCCAGCCGGCCGUGUGCGACGAUGCCGAGGAGGCCUGGCGAAGCCACAUCAACCAGCUGGUGUCCGACUCAGACGGGUCCUGUGCGGUCUACACCUUCCACGUGUUUUCAUCACUGUUUCAGAACAUCCAGACCAAGUUUUGUUCCUUGACCUGCGAUGCUGUGAGCUACCUCAGCGAUGGGCUGAGCGGAUUAGGGUCGAAGUUCCUCAGGUCUUCUCAGAUGCUGGCCUCCUGCUCUGAGUGCCCAACGCUGUUCAUUGAUGCAGACACAAUAAUGUCUUACGGACUGCUGGAGAAAAUGAAAUUCAGUGUGUUGGAACUUCAAGAGUAUCUUGAUACCUACAACAACCGGAAGGAGGCAGCUCUGAAUUGGCUGAGCAACUGUAAGGCCACCUUCCCUAAACACGCUGGGGGUUCUGUGAUAUCGUGUCAACCAGCAGAGCAUGAUGAAAAGCAAAUGGAAUCUCUGGCUCAACUGGAGCUCUGUCAACGACUCUACAAACUCCACUUUCAGCUGUUACUGCUUUUUCAGUCAUACUGUAAGCUGAUCGAACAGGUCCAUGCCAUCAGUUCCAUACCCGCGCUGACAAAUAUGUCCAGAGAGCUGAACGAUUUGAAAAGCAACCUGAGGGGAGCAGCAGCUUCGCUGAUGCACGAUGAGUUCUCUGUCGCUGAGCCCACCUUCAGCUCCUCUGAGGCUGCGGUGCAGGCCGUCCUGGAGGGGCUGAGGAACAAUGACUUCCCAGGGGCCAUCCGCUAUAUUCGUGAGUGCAGAACACUGUGGCCUAACGACAUCUUUGGCAGCCACCCCGAGGAUGAGGUCCAGACUUUGCUGAAUAUCUACUUCAGACAUCAAACUCUGGGUCAAACCGGAACCUUUGCUCUAGUGGGCUCAAAGCAGGACCUGACAGAAAUCUCUGUCAAACUCAUGGAACUUAACGGAGAGAUUCGGGACAUGAUUCGACGAGCGCGGGGUUACAAAGCCAUGACAGCUUUCCUUCCAGACUCCAGAGUUUCAGGCUCGACUCUCUGAUGCUAUGUCUAGUCCCGUCUGCAGUUGCUGCUAAAAUCACAGUUGUUCACAAGAACUUGUCUCUGUAAUAGGAAUAACCAGAACCACCGUUUUGUGCUUCUCCUUCUUGAACUUAUCAAAAUGUCAGAGUCCAAUAUUCAAAUGCGAAGCAAUACUGUUUAGAGACACAUGGGUCACAUGUCCGUUCCAUAUAGCUUUUAUUGCACUAAUUAUAAAAAAGGUCACAAGGCAACUACAUGCUACUGAGGUCACCAACUUUCACUUUAAAGGAUGAUAUACCAAAGCUAAGCGAUUCUCUUUCAGUUGUCUUUUAAAAUUUCAAGGGAAAGUGUGCAAUCCUUCACAGAAGUGGAAGAUCUUACUGUAUCUUAAAAGAAUGUAUUUUAAUAUCACAGCAUUGGAAAACCUGAACAUUAUUACUAAGGAAAGGGAGACUUCAUUUUUAUAUAUAGUGGGUCUUUUGUGUGUGGGCGUGUUUGUGUGGGUGUGUGUGUGGGGUGUGUUAUGUGUGGGUGUGUGUGAGAUUAAAGCUGACCAUCAUCGCCGAUGGAAACAUGGAAAUGGAUUAAUGAAAGUUGUUCGCAUUAAAACUAUACAUGACAUGCUGCAAAUCUACUGUCUCCUGAACCUACAUGCUGCUGUGUGGGUUAUCUGUUACUCAAAACAUCUUACUGUACCUUUAACUGUGCAGCUUUUAGAAAAUAUUAGGAGAUUUAUUUAUAUUAUUUGCAAAAGAAAUAUGUUUGUAUCAGGCUAGAUUUAAAGAAAAUAACUAUUUUGUUUUAUCUUUUAAACAUGCCAAGCUUGCAAAUUCUGUGCACUAUAAAGUGUAAUAGUAGUGUUUAUGAACAGAUACAGAAACUAUUUUAACUGAAUAAUUGUACAUAGUGCAAUGGAGACAUUCAGAUAAGAUUGUAUUUUUAUUAACUAAACAGUCUGUAGAGUGAAAGCAAUAGCAACAUGUAAAACUGUUGGCGUAGCCUUUGGCUUUGUAAAUACUACUGCCUUUGCAAUGUACUGUACUUUGGGUUCUGUAUCUGUACCAGUGCGAAAUAAAACUUACAUUUAUUA